UCCAAUUUGCUGUCGUUUCGUCGCUGCGAGACAAUUUUACAAAAAAAAAAAAAAAGGAAAAAAGAACUGCUUUUCUCCGGCACGCCGAACACUUCUCUUCCCGCUGAACCUUUCGAGUUUCCAGGCUUCACUUGGAUGUAUUCGCUGCUUGCCACCAACCCCAAACCUCUCUCUCUCUCUCUCUCUCCGGUCAGAUCUCUUCUCUUAAUUGUCAUUGAGUUUGGAUAAUCGUUCAUUUUCCUCGUAUUUCUACGGAAAUCAUUGGCCUUGUUUCGAAGAUCAUCUGGCUUUACAAAAUAUUCAGAUGAGCGAAUCUUCAGCAAGCGACACAAAGAGUGGCUUUGAUGCCGCUCAAAUUGCUGAAGUCAAGGCAUGGCUUGCUUCUCAAUUUGAUGCCGCCGGAAAAGACGUUCCCGAUUUCGAAUAUACCCCUCGAACCGUUGCGUAUUUACAUAAUCUUGCCACCCUUUCACAAGCCAAGACUCAGUCUGCUCAAAUUGUUGCAGCUGAUUUUCGCCAAAAGGCUGCCGAGUAUCGGUCUCAAGCUGCAAGGAUUAGAGAAAUACUGGAGAAUGUGGGAUUGGCACAAGAGGGUUUGCCGCCAAAUGUGGUUGGAUCGGCACAAGUUCUUGCAAACGUGGCUAAUCUGUUGAACAUAAGAGAUACUGAACUAAGCAGUUUUCUUGUAGCAAUGGGGGAUAUUUCAUUAAGAAAGACGGGAGUGGAGGACAAGAGAGCUAAGGUACAGAAGGAGUCAAAAAUUCUUCUUGAUUACACUCGAAAAGCAAUUGCAAGGUUAACCUAUUUGAAAAGAACACUUGCACAGCUGGAGGAUGAUGUUGCUCCUUGUGAGGCUCAAAUGGAGAACUGGAAGACAAACUUGGCAGUUAUGGCUUCAAAAGAGCGACAAUACAUGCAGCAACAUGCCAACUACAAGGCAGUGCUCAAUCGAGUGGGCUACACCCCAGAGAUUAGCCAUGGAGUGUUGGUUGAAAUGGCCGAGCACAGGAAGGAGUUGGAGAAGAAAACAAAGCCCAUUCUUGACACCUUAAGAAGCUACCAAGAUUUGCCCCCUGAUAAAGCCCUGGCUGCAUUAGCUAUUGAGGACAAGAAAAGGCAGUACGCUGCUGCAGAAAAGUACCUUGAAGAUGUAUUGCAGUCGGCCCUUGCUACCACAGAGUAGAACCCGAGAUCAUCAUAUUAUUGUUUUAUUAUCACCUUCCCUGCAUUAUUUAUUCUUCACUUUAACUUACUAUGUAACUCACUCUUGGAGUUAAAAUUUUGUGUUGGUGUGUUGCUGAGA